UGUCAGGUAAACGGUUCGAACGUGCUUCUUCACCUGUCCAGCAGAUGGCGUCUGUAACUUGAACCGCCAACACCUUGUUUUGAACAAAACUAAAAUCCGUCCCACCUUCCGAGUUCGUUUCCCGCCCCCCUCCCCGUUCAACAAGUUCAACUGCGGCGCUGACAUGUUUAGAUGCGUCCUCGUUUUUUUGGCACUGUAAAGCACUGCGCAGCGGUACGAAAGAGCUCAAAGUGGAUAGAGUUGUUUCAUUUCAAAAUUAAAUCAUCGACAUGUCAAGUGUUCAGUUAUCUCCCCCAGACGGAAUUGCAAGACGUUCAAGUCCAUCAGCAAUUGGAGAGGAAGAACAGACUAAAGGAGAAAUGCAGCACCAUGCCAGCAGCAGAAGUGGAUCAAUCGAAACCAAACACGACCACUCCCGUGAUAUUCAAAGUCGACGAUAGGCAUCGAGUCAUGUACUGCGGUGUCCCCAAAGUGGCCACUACGAACUUGAAGGGACUCAUGUUGAUACUUUCAGGCACGGUCGAGACGGACAACUUGUCGUCCAUUCCGAGACUGUCCGUCCACGAAUUAAAUCCAAUGCGGAUGGUGUACGCCAACGACUUGAACGACACCAUAGUGAACGGAGUGGGCGACUACACCAAAUUCAUUUUCGUUCGCCAUCCGUUGGAGAGGCUCGUCUCCGCCUACCAGGACAAACUCACCAGAAACAACACAACGUAUCACAAGAACGUCGGCAGACAAAUUGUUCAAAAGUAUCGCAAACAACCCAGUCCGCUUUCUCUGCAAAUGGGUCAUGACGUCACUUCCCCCGAGUUCGUCACUUUCAUCAUCGACGAGUGGAGGGAGGCCAAGAGACCGUUGGACGUCCACUGGCGGCCCGUCGUCGACUUAUGCCUCCCCUGCGUCAUGCGGUUCGAUUUCAUCGGGAAAUUUGAAACGUUGAACCGAGACGUCGAGUUCCUGUUGCGCAAGUUGAAGGAGAGCGACCUCAGUCGACUCUUUGCGACCCAGCCCAAAGCGAAAACGACUCCGACUCUGUGGAAAGAAUUCAUGAACAGGAUCAGCUACCAACAGCUGAGUGAUCUCAAUCGAAUGUUUGCAGAAGAUUUCCGGUUAUUCGGAUACCCGCACUACUAUGUAGGAAAGCAACCGAUUGAAUAA